AAUCAGUAUUCAAUAACAAUAAUAAUGUAAUCAGCGUCUCCAGAAUCAUUCGACAAAUGAAUCAUUAACAUCCUGCUCCACCUUCCUCACUUAAAUACAAGCGUUGCGGUUUUGAUUUCAUAUAGUCAAAUAACUGUCGGCGUAAACAUGAGGUCGGUGGUUCUGGGUUUGUUUCUGUGCGCUCUCCUCUCUCUCGUCAACGCUGCAUGCUUCGUUAAGCAACACAAAACAUCAGUUAAGUUUUGCCAGGAUACGACGGAUAAGACGUGGCAUCCUACUGGAUCUGUUUGGAGAAACAGUAAAUGCUUCGACUGUAAUUGUUCCGCUGAUUCCAUGAGUUGCUGUGACGUAAUGGAGAGGCCUGUUAAUUAUCCGGACAAGUGCCAAGUGGAGUACGAUUACACUACAUGCACGUAUGAACUAUUUGAGAAAGUGCCCUGUUCUGCCUCGGGUGUUGUUCUCGGGAAAUGACGGCCAUGAAUCAUGAAAAGGAAGGCAUCUUCACUGUAUCGUUUGAAAAUAAAUAUAUAAAUAAAUUAA